UCUCUUUAAUAGGACACGCGAUCAGCGGCGUGGGUUGGCCGUCUCUCUCCCCGCUGCCAAGAGGCCGUCUUCCCGCAUUAUCUUCCGCCAACUACUCCCACGAUCUCCAAGCUUAUCUUUGAGCGUCGUUUCUUAUCGUCCACUAACAAACGGCUUCCUUCUCGCCUGGUCUCCCGAAACUGGGAGGUUGCGAGCUCGACGGGGGGAAUCGGGGGAAAUCGCCAGUGUAGCCUCCCGUGAACCCUGUUUCUUCCCGUGAAAGGGAGAGGAUCUGGUACAUCGCACUGCAACCUAGGCCUCGCCUUGCCUUGCCGCCACCAUCGAAAUCUCCCGAGGUGGGAGCAUCCCCGCGUUCCCAGGCACCGGUGGAUCAAGAUCCCAACAACACCGGCCUUGGUUGGCUCAGGCACCAUCCAGCCCGAAUCCCACUCACUUGUCUUGGCCCCCCCCAUUGCCUCCUACUUACAUACGCCAUGUCCAUUCCUAGUGCCAUCCCCAGGACGGCCCCCAUUGCCAUUGCGCCCAAACCUUCAAGAAUGCCACCCAGCCGCCAAGGAAGCAUCAACCUUGACUCCUAUCGAGACACGCGAAGCUGCUUUGACUCGCCUGACUCGGACUCACCUCUGAAUGGGAAGUUGUCAGCACCCUGCGAGGCCUGCAUGCUCCAUAGGAUACAGUGCGUGUUGAGUGACGACGACGACGACAGCUGUAUAUCGUGCCAGGUUCAUGGGACGGAAUGCUCCUUUGCCGAGAGCCCGCAGCCGAGAAAAAGAAAGCUUAACAGCCGCACUGCGGCCGGGAGCAGGAGCAAGAGGAGUUCACCUGGGAGAUCGGAUAACAGGAUACUCAGACACCGUCAGCCAAGCCUCUCCAGCACAGCAGCGAGUAGCUCGUUUAUCGAGGAGAUGGCCGAAAUUGGCGGCCCUACUCUCUUAAAGCGUACCCUGGGCCUCCAACAGGAUCGUUAUAGCCAGUACAUCGGACCCACAACGGAUUUUGAACCGUCACUGAUCAACCUCUCUCCAUUCGACCCUCACGACGAGAGUCUGCUCGCCAGGGGUACCCUCAGAAAGGUCAGCGAACUUGACACCUUCCUCCUCCUCCCGGACCACAACACGGCCGGUUACGAACACGUGGGGGAGGAUGUCGACAAGGUCGAGAGAAUCGUCGCACCCCACGGCCGCCGCCUCAUAGACCUCUACUUCCGCGUCGUCCACCCUGCGUUUCCAAUUCUGCAAAAGGCCGUCGUCUACGAGAAGUACGAGCGGUCUUACCGAGAGUUCUCGCCGCCCCUUCUCGCAGCAAUUUACAUCCUAGCGAUCAACUGGUGGGGCCUGUCUGAUGAACUGGCGCCGCUUCCGAGGCCAAAUGUUCGGGAACUCGAGAGGCUUGUGCGGACGACAUUGGCGGACGCAAUGUACAGGCCCAAGCUUUCCACCAUACAGGCAGGGCUGCUCCUGUCGCAGACACCCGGCGGGGAUCAGUGGGCGCCAACCGCCCAGUUGGUCGCCAUAGCUCAAGAACUCGGUCUCCAUCUGGACUGCUCGGGUUGGAAGAUACCACCUUGGGAGAAGGGGCUGAGGAAACGCCUGGCCUGGGCGCUGUACAUGCAGGAUAAAUGGGGUGCCCUUGUCCACGGCCGACCGUCGCAUGUCUUCUCCUCCAACUGGGCGGUCCAGGACCUGACGGAAAACGACUUCCCCGACGUUGAGUGGGAUGAGAAUGACCCGGAGGAGAAGACGGAAGUCGAGCGCGGGCGGACACUGUUUACGCAGAUGGUCCAGCUAUCGCAGAUACUUGCCGACAUCCUGGAGACCUUCUAUACCUUGCAGGCCAUGCGCACGGUCGCCAAUGCCGGGGCUGGGGCCCAGGGCACUCACUUAGUCCUGUCUCUCGCGAAGCCAAUCCAACUGAAGCUCAAGGAGUGGUAUGCGGCCCUCCCCGCGAGCAUCAGGAUGGAUUCAACAUACCAGAAUGCCAGCAGCACGCAGCCAAGCCGGCUGUCGAGCAUUGGAUACCUUCACCUUGGCUACUACGCAGCCGAGAUCAGUCUGCAUCGACGCAUCAUUCGGUCGCUCGAGGCGCCGGCUGCAUCGCCGUCGACAAGUAGCACCCUAGGUACCGCGCCGGCAGCUAUAGAUCCCUACCUCCAGCACAUAUGCCGGAAUGCGGCCAAGGCACGGCUGAUCUCGUCCAUGGACUUCGUCAACCGGCUCACGCCGUCCCACCUGCGGGCAUUCUGGUACUUCGCCUCCAAGACCAACUUCGCCCUCAUCGGCACCUUCGGCUCCCUCCUUUGGGCGACAUCGCCGGGCCGCGAGGAGGCAGAAUGGUACCGACGGCGGCUCGGCGAGUACCGCUGGACGCUUUCGGUCAGCUCCAGGCCCGGCGAGGACAAGGGUCUCACCGAGUUCGCCAUGGGGAUGCUGGACAUCAGCACAGGCCUGCUCAAGCAGCUGCCGGAGAAGCCGUCCCUGAGCAGGUGCGGCAGCGUCAGCGACAUGGAAGCCGCCAGGAGGCAGAGUAUCCUCGCCCUCGGCGUCGGGAGCGGCGCCGGGAGCCCGAGCAGCACCGAGCGCUUCAGCGGGCUGCCGAGCGCCGAGGCCAGCGGGCUCCAGAGCCCGCACAGCGAGGCUUCCGAUAGCAGCGACGAGGAGGUGUAUGCGAGUUUCUCGGCCACUGCGGGCAUGGCGAGGAUGGCCGACUGAAGAGGGGGACAUGGAUCUCUCGGUCGGGGAAUCUUGGGAGUUGGCAUGGACCAACUCGUUCGGACUGGAAUAGGUCUCGGGGAGCGGCUAUUUAAUAA